AUGGGAUUUGGGUUUCCCGAAAGGAUGUUCUCGGAUAUUCUACAAAGCUUCUUCGAUGACUUAAAUGACUUUCGUACACCUUACAGAACAUAUGGCGGAUACUUUGUUCCUCACAAUCCAAGGUCGGACUACGUCAUAGACGAGGAUAGUAUCGAUCAGUCGCAGCCAUCAUUCCCGAUGUCGCUUACGAGAUCAUAUCAUUCUUCAACGUCUUUUUCUAGUACACAUGCUGGUAAUCGGUUCGAGACAGUUAAAACUUCAAUACGACAGCCUGAUGGAAUUCAGAUUCUCAAGGAGAUUAUACGUCAGAAUGGACAAGAAACGGUCACAACCAAGACCACUUAUCCAGAUGGUCGAGUUGAGACUACCACAGAAACUCGUGGAAACGCUUUGGAAUCCAAUAUCACUCCUCCAGCCAUCAUGUCAACACCCCAGCCGACUGCCCAGCAAUACCCUCAGACAGGAGGAUUCUUUUCAAAUAUCCGUCGAUGGUUUAGGAGUGAGUGA